AUGAGCAAGAGAACGAGAAAACUGCAAAUGAGCCUGUUCAAGGCACUCGUCAUACAGUUAGCAAUGAUCUACUUUAUCACGGAUUACCGUAACGCCGUGCUUCGUCAUUCUUGUCUCCCAGCGGGAAUUACAACAUCUUUGAUGAGUGCUGAUCUCAAUGCAACUGAGACAGCCGCUGAAUCAAAAUCAAAAACUAUCAAAUGGCCAUUGAUCUUUCGCUCGUUGAGAGUUCGCCCGAAAAUUGCGACUCAUGUUUUGAAGGUUGUUGUGAUAAACUUUUUGACAAACAAAUCUCUGCUUUCU